UUCACGUUACUCCCACAGUAGUCAUGCACAGGAAAAACAGCAUUUGGAACUUCAUGUCAAGAACAACAGUUAAGCUGUCCAUACGCUUUAAGGCUUUCUGGGGACGAGUUUAAUUAGGUGUGCUAAAUUAUGUUGUUGCUGUUUACCGUGGAGUCAUUAAGGACUUAAACUCAAGGACUUGUUGGUUGGAGUUGUGGAUUUAUUCUAUAUACGUGACGAGCUCUUGGCCAUGUCACUCCCAGAGGAGGAUCUUACGUGCCCAGUGUGCUGUGACAUUUUCGCAGACCCUGUUCUGCUGUCUUGCAGUCACAGCUUUUGCAGGGGCUGUCUAAAGCACUGCUGGGACACGGGGAUACGAGAGUGUCCAGUUUGUAGGAAAAAAGCUUCAAAGUGCAACCCUCCAUCCAACUUGGCGCUAAAAAAUGUUUGCGAGGCUGUUCUUCAGGUCAGGAGGCUGAGCUCAGUGGAAGGAGAAGACAAGGUAAACUGCAUUCUUCAUGGAGAGAAGCUGAAACUCUUCUGCCUCAUUGACAAACAGCCCAUCUGCGUUGUGUGUCAGUCGUCCAAACUGCACAAGACCCACGACUGCUCGCCCAUAGAGGAGGCACUGCUGGACUGCAAGGACGAACUUGCUCUAUCCCUCAAGAGCCUGCAAGAAAAGCUGGACAACCUCAAAAGAAUUAACAUGACAUCCAAUACCACACUAACGUGCAUCAAGAGUCAGGCGCUGGAGACACAGAAAAUGAUCAAGAACCAUUUUGAGCAGCUGCAUCAAAUCCUCUACCAUGAAGAGUUGGCUAGAUUAGCUGCUGUGAAAAAAGAGGAAGAAGAAAAGAUAGCAGGGAUGAAGGAGAAAAUUAAAGAGCUUUCAGCCGAGGUAACGUGUCUGACAGAGACCAUCGCCAUCAUACAGGAACAGCUGAAAGAAGACGAUAUGGUUUUGCUGAAGAAUUUUAAAGACACACAAGACCGAUGUAAAAGCAUAAUGCUUGGUUCAGAGAACAUGUCCAGGUUGCUGAUUGAUGUGACUAAACACCUCUACAACCUCAAGUACAGAGUCUGGGAAAAACUCCUGGACCAUGUUGAUUAUACUCCCAUAACCUUAGAUCCAAACACAGCACACCCUUGCCUCAUCCUGUCUGACGAUCUCACUUCCCUGCACUACUCAAAGCAGCCCAGCAUAUGCCCUGACAACCCAGAGCGCUUCCAUAUGAGCGCUGAAGUGGUAGCCAUGACUGCACUAGGCUCAGGAAGUCACCACUGGGUUGUGGAAACAGGAAGUAAUCAUGACUGGCUCCUGGGUGUGGCCUCCAUGUCUGUACCGAGAAACAUGGAGAUCUCUGCCCGGCCCGAGAAUGGCUUCUGGACUUUAUGUUUCCGAGAUGGAGAUCUGAGAGCAAUGACCUCCCCACCCAGCCUGCUGACAGUUUCUAGAACACCUAAGCAGGUCAAAGUUCAGCUCGAUUACAACAAGGGAACGGUGUCGUUUUUUGACGCCACUGACAACACACUCUUAUAUGCAUUUACACACUCCUUCACAGAACCUUUAUUUCCAUAUUUUUAUACACAGAGCAGUCAUCCAUUGCGAAUACUGCCAGAGAGGGUGCUCGUCACAAUGUUGCGGCAAUAAGUGGACGACUCAUUAAUUCUUUAUCAAGCGAGAAAAUGUAAUCCCGGGAUGAAAUAAAUGUCAAACUAUCAAAGUGGGGAGGAGUGACCUGCUGUAAUGUUACAGCUGAAGCAGUCAUUUUACUGUAAUGAGAAUAUAUCUCCUUCUUCAGGCUUGAUGUACACUCACUGGACACUUUAUCAGGUACACCUUGCUAGUACAAUGUUGGACCUCCUUUGGCCUUCAGAACUCCUGUAAUUCUUUGUGACACAGAUUCAACAAAGUGCUGGAAACAUUUCUCAGAAGUUUCGGUCUAUGGUGACACAACAGUGUCACAGUUGUUGCAGGUUUGUCAUCCGUGAUUCAAAUCUCCUGUUCCACCACAUCCCAAAGGUGCUCUGUUGGACUGAGAUCUGGUGACUGUGGAGCUAAUCUGAAUACAGUGACCUCACUGUCAUAAAACCCAAUUUAAGAGGUUUUGAACUUUGUAAUAUGCUGUAAUGUCCUGUUGGAAGUGGCCAUCAGCCGAUGGGUACUCUUUGGUCAUAAAGCACUUUGAACACUCCAGUAGAGUAGAAACGCAUUAUAUAAGAACCAGUCCAUUUACCAUAAAGGGAUGGACACGGCCAGCUACAAUACUCAAGUGGACUGUGGCAUUUUAACAGUACAAAGUGUGCCAAGAAUAUUCCCCACUCUGAACCUGUGAUGCAAUAUAAUCCCUUUUCUCUUGGACCGUUCUCUUUAAACUCUAGAGAUGGUUGUGUGGAAAAAUCCCAUUAGAUCAGCAGUUUCUAAAAUACUCAGAAUAUCUGGCACCAACAGCAAUCCCAUGUUCAAAGUCACUUAAAUCACCUUCCUUUCCAAUUCUGAUGUUUAAGUUGAACUUCAGUGGGACGUCUUAGCCAUGCCUACAUACCCAAAUGUAUUGAGCUGCUGCCAUUUGAUUGGCUGAUUAUAUAUUUACUUUAGCAAGCAGCUGAACAGGUGUACCUAACAAAAUGGCCAUUGACUGUAUGUGCAACUAAAGCUAGAAGCUGGUUAGCUUAGGACAAAGCUGGAAAAUUCUACCCUAUCUUUACCUAAUGUACAAUCAUAAUACAUUUUGGUUAAUUGAUUUAGUUCAAAACCACAAGUAUGAGAGUAACUGAUAACUUUACAGGGGUAAGUAGUAUGGGAUAAUAACUUUCCAGAGACCCCAUUAGCUGCUUGUUAUAAAAACCCUUUUAGAAUGAUGAACUGUAAACUUUACAAUUAGGCUUUUUGUUGGGAUUUAAACAGGAUGAUAUAACAGGUCUUAAUUAUAAGUUUUAGAGGUGUUGGAAGACAGAUUUAGUUGUUAAGAUGGCUUUUUCAUUUGGUUUGUAUGCUAUGUCUGCUUUAUACAUUUUAGCAUGGCAUGAAUAUUCACAUCUCUCAGUAGGAAAGCAAAUAUAGACCUGUAUAAAAUGCAUUUAACUACAUUGAAUAAAAUCACAUGUAGUGCUCUUUCCAAGUAGUGGUAGAGCUGGGGUUUUGGUGUGUGGCAAACACUAAACCUUUUUAAAAAUUCUUUUGCAUUCCCUGUUUGACUUAUUCAUUGAGGUUUCUUUCAGUCAGAACAUCAUUAUUAUGUUGGAGAGGUAUGUGGGGAAUGUAUACACCCUGUCCUGCACCAUGCUCCUUCAGAAAGACAUUGCACAUGCCACAGAUACAUGCUCCUUUUGCUAUCAGUAUGAUGCUGAUGCUGAUUGGGAUGAUUUUCUUUCCUAGCCUGUUAAACUUACCUUUACUAUGACGCACCCAAACCUGACCUAUUGAACCAUGAUCCCCACAACCUCACCACAGUCACUGGUCCACACAUUCACUGGAAGGAUAAAGUUUAUUGAUGUAUUUUGUCCUCACGAUGGCGCCAAAACAAAAGCAAAUAGUUCCCACGCUCCUCGUAGCAAUUCAUCA